AUGAUGCCUAUCCAUUAUUAGAGACAACUGUCAUAGAAAUCAAGGAGAACUCCAAUUUCAACAAACAGUAUAUAAUAUUAUCUAUAGUGUCUAUAUUAACAACACUUUUAUAUUAUAUUUAAAAAUAUACAAUAUAGUAGGAUUAGAUUCACUGUUACACUAACGAAUAAUAAUAGAUCUUGUAUAAAAGGAAUAAAAUCAAUCACCUGGGAAUACAAUGUUAAAAUUAUAAAAGCACAGUAGCUUCACACUGAAACCAAAUAGAUUGCCAUCCCUUAAGAUGCUUAAAGAUUAUGGAUUAACAGAGGAAGAGAAAGGAACUUAUGGAGAUAGGCAAUUAUUAGGAUUUGAUAAAUUGGAACUUCUGGGAAGGUAUGUAAUAGAUAUAGGGUUAUUUAAUAGGGGAGGUUUUGCAUUAGUUUGGUUGGCAUCAAAAGGUAAUUAGAAGGUGGCAUUAAAAUAAAUAGCCAAACCUUAAUAAAGUAAGGAGGCUAAAUUCAGUUAUAUAAAAUCAGAGAACAUAGUAUAGAUAAUGGGAGUAGAGCAUUCAAAUAAAGAUACUUGGAUUAUUUAAGAAUUAGGAGGUAAACCAUUAAGUAAAGUACUCUACACUAUGAAAGGGGAAUUCUAUAAAGGAGAGAGAGUAUAUGCAGUAUAAACAUUAAUAUUUGUAAGAUAAGCGAGACUUAAUAAUUGUUAGAUAUGUAUGAACAUCCAUCAAAAUUAAUUGAAUUGAUGUAUGGAAUAUUGAAUGGAAUUUCAUGUAUUAAUGAUAAACAUGUUACUCAUUUUGAUUUAAAACCAGAUAAUAUAUUAGUUGAUAAUAAUAUACCUAAAAUAAUUGAUUUUGGAUCUGCAUUUUCUAAUGAAGAUAAGGAUCAAUUUGGUAUGAUUACUCCUGAAUAUAUGGCUCCGGAAGCACUUGAUAUUAUGCAUAAUUGGACUAAAUAUUCUAAUCAAUACAGUACAUAAAUAGAAGCACUUACAUUAUUACAUGGAACUCCAAAAAUAGAUGUUUGGAGUUAUGGUAUUUUUAUAAAUAAAUAAAGGGGCAAUUAUACUUGAUAUUUUACAUGGUGUUCCUAAUUGGUUAUCCUAUAAAGGCAAAAUUAUGAGAUAAGGAAGACCUUAAAUUAAAUAUGGGUUAUUUGCAGUUAAAGGUAGAGAUUUAAGCAAGUAUUCAUGUUAUAUAAUUAAUUUAGAAUUAUACAAAAAUAAUAGUAAUUAUAAUUGAAUUCAAUUAUAAGAUAGAAUUGCAAUUAUCUAUCACUAGCCAAAUAAAAUUAACUCUUCGAUUUACUUAAACAAUGUUUAGCUUAUGAUCCAUCAUAAAGAUCAGAAGCUAAAGAAUUACUAAAACAUGAAUUUUUUAAUUAAAUCUGA